AUGAACAAGUUAUUGUCAUUAUUUCUUAUUGUGUUGGCCAUGCCAAUUGCAAUGAUCAACGGAUUACCGAUUCCAUCAAAAGAUCCGAAUGAACGUUAUAGAUAUGUUGUGUAUGAGCCGUCAGGCAAGGAGUACAAGAUUGAGAUAUUUCUACCUGAGCCAAUAGUUGAAGAUACCAAAGCUGAUGAGAAGGAUUUACCUGCGGAGUCCAACCUCACACCUGAGGAGCACAAAGUAGACGUGCUAUAUGCACCUGAAGAAUCCAAUCUCACAGCCGAGGAACACAAAGCGGACGUGCUAUAUGCACCUGAAGAAUCCAAUCUCACAGCUGAGGAACACAAAGCGGACCUUGCACCCGAGGAACACAAAGCAGACGUGCUAUUUGCACCUGAAGAGUCCGAGCUUGCACCCGAGGAACACAUAGCGGACGCGCUAUAUGUACCUGAAGAGUCCGAGCUUGCACCCGAGGAACACAAAGCGGACGUGCUAUAUGCACCUGAAGAGUCUGAGUUCACAGGUGGAUGGCGACAGACGGCAGUUGAGGAGGAUUUAGCUACAGAGUCCAAUCUGUCAGCUGAAGAUACCAAAGCAGAUGAUACAAGUGUACCUGCGGAGUCCAAGCACACAGGUGAAGAUACCAAAGCAGAUGAGAUGGUUGUACCUGCGGAGUCCAGGCUCACAGGUGAAGAUACGAAGGCAGAUGAGAUGGAUGUACCUGCGGAGUCCAAGCUUGCAGGUGAAGAAACAAAGGCAGAUGUGACGUCUAAGCCCCCAGACACCCAGGAUACAGGACUAGAUUUGCUGGGUAGAGACUAUCAGUAUAUUCCAGCCCUGGGAAAAGACAAUGAAUAUCUGGCCAUUUUGCCAGGUGGUCAGAGGAUGCUGGAUGAACCCGAAGGCCAAGAUUCCUCAGAAGAUGUCCGGGCUUGGUAUCACACCAAGGUGCAAGUCCCUAUUUGGCUCCUGGCUAUCAUGACGGUGAUACUCAGUGGAUUUAUUUUCAUGUUGGUCGUCAUCUGCAUCUGCAAAGCAAAGAAUCAGUGGAAACAAAAAUCAAGAUUAAAUGAAACAGACCAACUGACAAGCGUUGUUGUAAAAUAAAACAAUAGAUUUUACAAGGAAAGGAAGUUUUUUACCAAGCCAACAAAUGAGGAAAUGGAACUAUAUCUUCGAGGACGUGAUUCAGGAAUUGGAAAGAGA